GCCACACUUCACGGUUUUUUUUCACCGAGUGAGCACGCGCUUCGUCGUUUCUGCAAAAGAAGUUUUUAUUCUGUGACUUUUGUGAGAAGUUAACAACUGAAGCAAAAUGGGCAAGGAUUUCGAUGCUGUUGGAUUCGUCAAGGACUUCGCUGCCGGAGGCAUCUCCGCAGCUGUCUCAAAGACUGCCGUCGCCCCCAUUGAGCGUGUGAAGCUGCUCCUGCAGGUUCAGCAUAUCUCGAAACAAAUCAGCCCCGACAAGCAGUACAAGGGCAUGGUUGAUUGCUUUAUCCGCAUUCCAAAGGAACAAGGUUUUGGCUCGUACUGGCGCGGUAACUUGGCCAACGUCAUCAGAUACUUCCCGACCCAGGCUCUGAACUUUGCCUUCAAGGACAAGUACAAGCAGGUCUUCCUGGGAGGUGUUGACAAGAACACCCAGUUCUGGCGUUACUUCUGCGGUAACCUGGCCUCCGGUGGUGCCGCUGGUGCUACCUCUCUGUGCUUUGUCUACCCCUUGGACUUUGCCCGUACUCGCUUGGCUGCUGAUACUGGCAAGGGUGGCCAGCGUGAAUUCACCGGUCUGGGCAACUGCUUGACCAAGAUCUUCAAGAGCGACGGCAUCGUCGGCUUGUACCGCGGCUUCGGUGUGUCUGUCCAGGGCAUCAUCAUCUACCGUGCCGCCUACUUCGGCUUCUACGAUACCGCUCGCGGUAUGUUGCCCGACCCCAAGAACACACCCAUCUACAUCAGCUGGGCCAUCGCCCAGGUUGUGACAACCGUUGCUGGCAUCGUGUCGUAUCCCUUCGACACCGUGCGUCGUCGCAUGAUGAUGCAGUCUGGCCGCAAGUCCACCGAGAUCAUCUACAAGAACACACUGCACUGCUGGGGAACCAUCGCCAAGCAGGAGGGCACUGGUGCCUUCUUCAAGGGCGCCUUCUCCAACGUUCUCAGAGGCACUGGCGGUGCUUUCGUGCUUGUGUUGUACGAUGAGAUCAAGAAGUUCUUGUAAAUUAAAUUAUUAAAUUAUUCAAACAAACAACAGCAAAAUACAACAACUACAUAAAACAACAUAAACAAAACAAACAAGAAAACUAAACACUACCAGCUAUAAUUAUGUUAGAUAACUGAAAGAGCAACAGCAACAGCAAAUGUUUGAUCUGCAACCAAUCACCUUAGCAAGAACAACGGCAAAGCAAUAAGAAUCCCUCUCUCCCAUCCCCCAUUUUUCCCUCGCCCCCGCCCCCAACAGAUAUAAUUAUGAAAUUAUAUUAUAUAUAAUAACUGGGAGAACUAAUUUACGGAACGAUGGAUGGAUGGCCAGAAUCAAUAGAACAACAACAAGAAGCAGAAAGGCAAACAGCAAACGGGAACCGCAACAGAAGAAGGAAAUACGCUAGGAGAAGAGGAAACGACUCGGCUCAUGGGAGCACCCAGUACACUGAAAGACGAACGAAAAUUGCGACGAUAUUGAUAUUGAUUAGUAUUGUUAAGUUUGGGUUAGGCUAUAUCCAUUAUAUCCUAUCUGUCAUGCUGCUGGGUCGAGCCAUCUCCACAGCCAAAAAAAACAAAAACAAAAACCAGAGUGUGAUCGAUAGGAGGACGCAAAGAAU